UUUUACAGGUCCGGAUAAUGUUACUUUGUAAAAAUAAUAUUAAUGAACUUUUAGGAUGCAUAAUUAUUCUAACAAUAAAUAUUAUAGUAUCAAUUAACUAUUAUACAUGUAUCUUCAAUUAUGAUGUGAUGAAAAUAUUAUUUAUAAACAUUGAACGAGAUUGGGCCGAGUUGAAAUGCAUUAAUGACAUAAAUAUAUUAAAAAAAUAUAGUCGUAAUAGUUAUUUAUACGAAAAAUAUUUAAUUUGGACAACUUGGAUUGUCUAUAGUUCAAUUAUCAUAAUAAAUACCACAAUAGAUUAUUCUGUGUAUUUUAUAAAUGUUGUAAACGUUCUAAACGAAAUAGAUUAUUAUAUUUUCAUGAUAUUUAUCGACAUCGUCAUCAUAUUUAGUUUGAUUAUCUUGAUAUCUACUGAUUCGAUCUAUAUAACUAUCACGUACCAUGUCUGUGCAAUAUUUGAUAUUACCAGUUACAGAUUUAAACAUCUUUUCGAUGAUAUCCGAAAGAUGAACGUCGCAUAUAGAAAAUACUUACUUCAAAACCGAAUCGUAAACAUAGUUAGAUAUCAUUGGAAAUGCAUCGAGUAUGUGCUAUAUAUUUGCUUUUUUCAAUUCAAAUUAUUAUUUUUUUUUUUUUUACACUAUAUCUUAUAUUAUAAUAUUUCUAUAAGGUAUGCUAAUCUUCUGGAUUCAUAUUAUUCCAUAUCUAUUAUUCUACAAUAUUUAAUAGUAACAAUUAUAUUCACUUUGAAAUUUUACAAGGUAUACGAAUAUAUAAAAACCAAUCACAUUAGAAAACUUAUAAUCAUAUUGAUAGAUAUUAUUCAGAACUACGUAUUCGUGUUUCUGUGUUUUUAUCCAGCUACUAAAUUGACGAAACAUUCUGAGUUUUUGUUAAACAGUGCAUACAACACGUGCUGGUACGAGACACCCGUUUACAUACAAAAGAUGUUCAAAUUUGUAUUACAAAAUACUUUGAAACCUUGUCACUUAGGAAUUUCAGAAAUAUUUUUUAUAACAUUUGAAUCGAUGAGUAAGGUAUACACUCAUCAUGAUUUGAUGUAACUAUUUCUACAUACUGAGAUAAAAAGAAGACACUCAAAAGGAAUAUAUAAGUUUCAAUGAUUCUUCUAAAGAGUUCUUUUCUUCGAUGGAUUUCCAGAUCACUUGGAAUUGUUUCGAACUUUCACUCAUCGUACGAUUCAAUUCGAAACUAUUCCACGAGAUCUUUGCUUUGAUGCGAGUGUUUCAAUGUAGAAGAUGAAUUUAUAAAUUAGAUUAUAUAUUAGAAAUAAUGUU